CGCUCCCGCCCAGCCCAGCGCGGCGCAGAAGCCGACGCCCGCCUCGUGGAGCCCGACGCCCGCGCUCGGGGCAGCGGCUCUCCAGGGCCGGCCCGCGCCUGCGCUGGGCAGCCGCUCGCCACAAUCCCGGCGAGGUCGGGAAGCGGCUGCGCCCCGGGGCACCCGGGACCCCCAGGAUCCCACCAUUGCCCGACGGGCCCGCGGCCGCGAUGCCGGAUGAGCUGACCGAACCUGGGCGCGCCACGCCAGCCCGUGCCUCCUCCUUCCUCAUCGAGAACCUGCUGGCAGCCGAGGCCAAGGGCGCGGGACGCUCAGCCCAGGGCGAUGGCGUCCGCGAGGAGGAGGAAGACGACGACGACCCCGAGGACGACGAUCCAGAGCAGGCGCGGCGGCGAAGGCUGCAGAGGCGACGACAGCUACGUGCGGGAAGCGGGUCGGGCGGGGAGGCAAGGGCCCGGGCGCUGGGCCUAGGGCCCCGGCCGCCUCCCGGGCCCGGACCGCCCUUCGUGCUCGGCUGCGGAGGCACGACGCGGUGGUACCCACGGGCCCAGGGCGGCUACGGAGGUGGCCUGAGUCCUGACACAAGCGACCGGGACUCUCCGGAGACUGGUGAGGAGAUGGGCCGUGCAGAGAGCUCUUGGUCGCGGUGCCCCGGGCCGGGAGCCUUGCCGCGGGAGGAGACAACGCAGGGCCCAGCGGCCGGAGGGGAGGAGGCGGCGGAACUGGCCGAGGUCCCGGCUGCAGCGACGGCUGCGGCAGGGGAGGCUCGCGGCGGCCGCAAGAAGAAGACGCGCACAGUCUUCUCGCGCAGCCAGGUCUUCCAGCUCGAGUCCACCUUCGACCUGAAGCGCUACCUGAGCAGCGCGGAACGCGCGGGCCUCGCCGCCUCGCUGCAGCUCACCGAGACGCAGGUCAAGAUCUGGUUCCAGAACCGUCGAAACAAGUGGAAGCGGCAGCUGGCGGCGGAGCUGGAGGCGGCCAGUUUGUCCCCGCCGGGCGCGCAGCGUCUGGUCCGCGUACCGGUGCUCUACCACGAGAGUCCCCCGGCCGCCGCGGGGCCCGCGCUGCCCUUCCCGCUGGCGCCGCCCGCACCCGCGCCGCCGCCGCCGCUGCUCGGUUUCUCAGGCGCGCUGGCUUACCCGCUGGCCGCCUUCCCCGCCGCCGCCUCGGUGCCCUUCCUGCGCGCGCAGAUGCCGGGGCUGGUGUGAGCCCGCGCCCUCCACGCAGGCGCGCCUCGCAGUCCCUCGGGCUGCCGUCUCCGCGGGCAGCCGCUCCAGAGUGCACCGGACCGC